CUGCCUGCAACGCUUCGUGUCAGCUGCCUCAAAGAGAUAGGGGAGAGAGAGAUAGAGAGAUAGAGAGAGAGAGAGAGAGAGAGAGAGAGAGAGAGAGAGAGAGAGAGAGAGAGAGAGAGAGAGAGAGAGAGAGAGAGAGAGAGAGAGAGAGAGAGAGAGAGAGAGAGAGAGAGACACACACACACACACACACACACACACACACACACACACACACACACACACACACACACACACACAGUGAGAGAGAUAAGAGAGAGAGAUAGCGAGGGAGGAAGAGCGAGGGGGGGAGAGAGAGAGAGUCGCGUAGGAAUCCUCCUUGGCACACGCCAGUCUGUGUGAUGGUGAGUGGCUGACGAAGUGACUGGGGGAUUCUGGGUGAGACACACUGGGAGCGCUGGAUACAAUUGUGUCUCUUGCUUCCUUCGCGGGGUUCUAGCUACAUACCCAUCUCAGCCUCGGAUUUUAUAUAUUUUUUCGCACAAGGGGGACUUGAUAUUGUUUUUUUUUGUUGUUUUUCUGCCCUUGGGGCUGAACCCAGACACCGUGCGCCGGGCGUGCGGUUUCAGUGGCUGCAGCUGAAGUUGGCACCCGAGACGCCUUGAGACCCGGGAUGAUGGGUGCUUCCUCCCGGCGGUGGAGUCGGUCCGCGGCGUGGCCGCCGAGGUUUUGGUUUUUACUGGUGUGGGUCGCGUUGGGAUCGGGGGGCUUAUGGAGACUCGGCGCGGCAUGCCCAUCCUCUUGCUCGUGCAGCGCUACACGGAUCUCCUGCGUGGACCACGACCGUGGCAUCACGGCGUUCCCGGUCCUCCCCAACAAGGCGGAGAUGGACAACAUCACCGACAUCUACAUCGCCAAUCAGAGUGGCUUCUCCUCCAUCAACGACAAAGACCUGCACCUCUACAAGAACCUCCGCAACCUAACGGUGACCAACAGCAGGCUAACGUAUGUGUCCAGACUGGCCUUUCAGAACAACCUCAAACUCCAGUACCUGAACUUCAAAGACAAUAACCUUUCCUCGCUGUCCUGGAGGAUAUUCCGGCAUCUCAACAUGUCAGAUCUUAUCUUGUCAGGGAACCCCCUGCGCUGCUCCUGUGACAACAUGUGGAUGAAGCUGCGGCUGGCGGAGGAGGCGGAUGCACAGGAGGUCCGCUGCCUGGAGGACGGAGGGGCCCGCAAGCCCCUGUCCCGACUGGGAGUACCCCACUGUGGUGAGGAGCCGCGGGCACGCUGCCCUACAUGCAGACGCACGCACACACAUCUGCACACACUCACCCCGCAUGCAUUCACCUGUCACACAAACACACACACGCACGUAUGCGGAAACACACACACGCGCAUGUUCACAUACAUACACGCCGAACAAGCACGCACACACACACACACAAACAAACACACAGACACACACCACAUACAGACACACACAAACACACACACACACACACACACACACAUAAACAGAGCUAGGUGCAUACACAAAAUUGUAAAUCUGCUGGUUAGAAUCCCACACACAAAUACCACACAUGCACACACACACACACACACACACACACACACACACUCACGCACACACACACACAUGCACACACAUACACAGAUGUUGGACAGGACAUUAAUAAGAUGAAUUGCAUUCCGUACUGUAAGUGCUUAGGCACCUGGAGGUAAGGGUUCUCCUAAUGGCUUCCUGAGCAGAGAACAGUUUGGGUUGUGGUUUCUGCUCCUGUGUGUGUGUGAGUGUGUGUGUGUGUGUGUGGUUGUGGUUGUGUGUGCGUGGGUGUGUGGGUGUGUGUAUGUGUGCAUGUGCAUUGGCGUUGUGAACAUGUGUCUGUUCUUUAACCCGGUGGCUUUGCAUGUGCACAUCGUGCCCUGUGUUUGAAGUCAGAUGGAGCACAUGUCUAUAUAUAUGUAUAUAUGAAUAAAUAUAUAUGUCUACAGUGUAUUUAUGUAUCUAUACAUUGUAUUUAGGCGUCUGAGUAUAUUUAUUGCAUAGAGGUCUGCUUUCAUUUCUAAUAUAUCACUCAAUGAAUCAUACAGCUAUAGAGUGAUUGUUAAAGACACUGAUUAACUUUGCACAAGAGGAUAAUGCAGAGUGCCUUGUUCAGGGUGUCAGAGUCAUCCAUCACUGGCCGCAGGCCACCGCCUCUCAAUGGGCUGACAUUGUGUCUGCCCUACAGACGGUGUUCCCAAACGAUAUAUAUAGAUACGUUUGCAGGCAGGGGUGUGUAUGUGUGUACGGGAGUUAAGGAGAGACAGAUAGAGAGAGAGAGAGAGAGAGAGAGAGAGAGAGAGAGAGAGAGAGAGAGAGAGAGAGAGAGAGAGAGAGAGAGAGAGAGAGAGAGAGGGUGCAGUGUGUAGGCAUAAUGUCUUGUUGCCUUGUAUAUGUGCCUGUUUGCAUGCAGGUGUGCGCUCACUUGUAUUUAAAUGUGUAUGUGUGUGUGUGUGUACGUUUGUGUGUGUCUAUGCACAUGGGGUGUGGGUACGUGUGUGCUUGACUUGGUCUGUGAGAACCUUACCGCGUGUGUAUGCUAUAGAGCAUUCGUGAUCAGGUGAGCAUGUGUGUUGGUGAGAGUCUGUUGGUGGUUGUGUGUUUCUUUUUGCUUGUGUGUGUGUGUGUUUGUAAGUGUGCAUGUGUUUUUCUCUGCGUAUGUGUGUGCAGGUGUGCGAGUGUGUGUGUGUGCGCGCGUGUGUCUGUGUGCUUGUGCAAGUGUGUGUGUGCGUGUGUAUGGCCGUAAAGUGUGCAUCUAUAGACUUAUCAUGGUCAUCGCAGGUAUUGGCUUGGGCCAUAGAGCGGUCAUUGUACAGGACAUUAUAGAGUCCAAGCAGGGCAUUAUAAUGUAAGCCAAUGUCGAAAUGUAAUUGUAGUGGAAUAAUGACAGCGGAGAUGGGGUCGACGUGCUAAGUGCAGUAUUAUAACCCGAUGUGACCUGAACACUGUAGAACGCCAUUAGAAGGCUUCAACACUGGUCAAUUGUCAGCUUGAUGUGUUGAUGCACUGAGACACCGCUGACACCACUGAGCCCCAUGCCAGAAAGGGAAUAUGUAUAGAUUUAAUGGGAAGGCUUGCCCUUCGUCUAGCGGAUUGCCAAAGCUAAUAACUAUAGUAAUAACAGUCACGUGGUUUGUGUGAAUGCCUCACAGACAGUAUUGCGAACAUACGUAAUGCCCUUUUGAAUUAAACGUAUAUUUCUGAGCACCAAUAUUUUUAUAGAGUAUAUAUAUUUUAAGUAUAUAAGUACAUAUAAGUAUAUAUUUAUAUACAUUUUACAAUAUGUGACAUCAUUAUGACCAAACUCAAAACAAGCUUGGAAAUACAUUUUCAGCUUUGGGGGGAAAUUGUUAAAUAAUAUGUAUCCUUUACAUUUUGUAAUGACAAGGAAUACAAUACAAACGGCUGCCUUUAGAAAAACAGCAGUAAGAUUUCAGACCUUUCAAUUCCAGUAAAUGGUUGGCCAUUUGACUACAUUUCAAGAGAGAGCAGCAUCAUUAUAACUCAAAGCCUCCAUCUAAUUGUCCGCACGGCUCCCCAUAAUGCAAUAGGCCAUUGAAGGGGAAAACCUUGAGCAUUUUCUGAUGACAUUACAACCAGUUAGUUCAAACUAAACAAGGUUUUAAAUGCCAUAGUAACAUUACCAUGAAGAAAAGCCUCAUUCAUUAGAGUGUUCAAAAUAUAGCCAAUGCGGAGGACACACACAAACUCACACACAUGCACACACACACACACACACACACACACACACACACACACACACACACACACACACACACACACACACACACACACACACACACACACA